AUGCCCCUGGCAUAUUGUUCCUCGUCUGCAGUUCCCGGGUUCAAUUCAUCUACUGUAUUCUGCCAUCACCACGCUUGUAGCACUGCUGUGGUGGAUGGGUGUGACCCUCAUACAAGUCAGAGCAUGGGUGCAUCAGCAGGGCUUGGCUGUGAUGGCUGGGCUGAUGAAGCUGAAGAGUGCCAGCAAGGGCCUCGUGGUAUGCUGUGUGCUCUGCUCUCUAACCGUGCAGCUUUGCUUCUCUGCCAGUCUUUCAUCUCCCUCCCUGUCCCCUCUUCCCAUGGGCUCUCCCUCCCUUUUGUGCGCACUCAUCUCCCCCAUGCUGCUGCUCGUCUCCCUCCCUUGUCUCAACUCUGCAGGCUUAUCACUUUGCUAAACCUCUCCCCCCCUUCCUUUUCAGCUCUCGCCCACCUUUCGUUUGUGCCCUUACGCAUGUUUCUCAUGCUGCUGCAUUGCUCUUCCGUCCCUCAUCCUCUGCUCUCCUCCACUUCCGUCAUCCCUCUUCCCUUCCUCGGCUUGUCCACCGUGCUGCAGCCACGUGGAAUCUUACCUUGGCUGCACAGUUCCAUGAAGCAUGUCAGUUCUAGGGUUGCAAAACGGGGUAAUGUUGUCAUUACUGUCAUUUUGAGGAUGGUUGGAACACAAGAGGCGAUGGAGAUGAGAAUAGGGGCGUUGGGCGUGCUGGUGGAAGAGACAAGGAGGGCGUUAGAGGAGGCUGAUAAGAAAAAUGCAGAGAACUUGAGAGAGCUGCGCGGAAAGGUGCAAGAGACAAGGCGGGCGUUAGAGGAGGCUGAUAAGAAAAAUGCAGAGAGCUUGAGAGAGCUGCGCGGACAGGUGGAAGAGACAAGGCGGGCAUUAGAGGUGGCUGAUAGGAGAAAGGCAGAGAACUUGAGAGAGCUGCGCGGACAGGUGGAAGAGACAAGGAGGGCGUUAGAGGAGGCUGGUAGGAGAAAGGCAGAGAACUUGAGAGAGCUGCGCGGACAGGUGGAAGAGACAAGAAGGGCGUUAGAGGAGGCUGAUAAGAAACGAGUGGUGGACAAGAGGGAGAUGAGAUUGCAGGUGGAGGACAGGGAGCGAGAGCUGAUUGCGAAGUUGGCAGCUGUGAAGGGAGCGCUGACUACUGAGAGUGAAGGAGUGAAGGCAACGGGUGUGAAGUAUGUGGGUGGGCAUGCAUGGGAGCAGUGA